AUGACUGGUACAUGCAAGCCAGGAAAGCAGGAGGUGAAGAGCAGUGAUCCUCUAGCACUGGAACAGUUCUUGUCAGCCUUUCUGCUCCUGAUGGCUGGCAUCCUUCUCGCAGCAGCCCUCUUACUUUUGGAGUACCUUUAUUUUCGCUAUGUUAGGAAACAUCUUGCCAAAACAGACCGUGGAGGAUGUUGUGCCUUAGUCAGUCUAAGUAUGGGCAAAUCCUUAACAUUUAGAGGUGCUGUCUACGAAGCACAGGACAUACUCCGUCAUCACAGGUGCAAUGACCCUAUUUGCGACACUCACCUGUGGAAGGUGAGGCAUGAAUUGGACCUUGCCAGAAUCAGGAUACGACAGCUUGAAAAAGAAAUGGAAUCCCAUGGCAUUAAGCCAAGCAGGAGGUAA